AUGGACAACCCAAAGCUUAAGGAAGAUGGUGGAUUAGGAAAGGAAGGGAUGUUCCUCUACACCACCCAAAUUGGUUUCAAUGCCCCACACAAAACCUGCAGAACCCAAGUCUUGUUACUGACUAAUGAUGUAUCAGAUAAGCUCAUGUGGAAACACUCCUCAUUUGGAGAGUAUGAAGUCAGGAGUGCAUACAAUAUACUCCUUAAGGAUGAGGCCCUAAAGUCACCUGUUGAACUAAGACCUCCUCAUAUUCCAGCUGAUGUGUGGCAGCUUAUCUGGAAAGUGAAAACUCCUCACAAAGUUAACCUAUUCGUGUGGAAACUUAUGCAGGAUUUUAUACCUACUUUCCUUACCUUGAAAAAUAGGGGAAUUAGUACUAGGAGCAUAUGCCCUAUAUGUGAUGAGGGAGAAGAGUCUACUUCUCACUUGUUUCUCCAUUGUGCCUUUGCUAGAGCUUGCUGGCAUGGGUCUACCCUACCCAUACAUACAUCAGACUUAAGCAAUACAAGUCUACAGAUCUGGCUUAGCAACAUCAUAUUGAGUUUCAAACAGAUGGACCAAGUGAGAAUGGACUACCUUAGAUCUGUUUUCACAUUCCUUUGGACAAUCUGGAACCACAGGAACAUGGUGAUUCAGGAUGGCAUUACCCCUAACCCCAUUGAAGUCAUACUAACUGCUCAUACCUUACCUUGCUGGUUAAAGGAAGCUUAUGAAAAGAAAGAAAGCCAUGACAAUUCACAUAGGGGAAACUAUUCUGCAUACCAGAAUAUUGGAGGACCUUGGGACUUGAUUGUCAAGGUAGCAGGUGCCAGGACGAAGAGACCUAGGAGGACUGCUUUUGCAUAUGAGGCAACAGACUUACAAGGGAUAGUCAUUUUUUGGGUACCACCAGUAGUGGAGCAUCUACAGCCAAUGCAGCAGCUCAAGAAGGUUUAG